AUGGAAAACAUAACUAAGGUAUCUGAGUUUACUCUCACUGCACUGUCACACCAACCCCAUGUUAAGUAUUUUCUAUUUCUGGUUUUCUUACUAAUCUAUUUAAUAACAUCAUUGAUAAACCUUCUGAUCCUUUUCCUGUCCCUUACUGAUGCUCAGCUACACACCCCCAUGUAUUUCUUUCUUGGGAACUUGGCCUUUCUAGACAUGUCAUACUCAUCAGUCACCGUACCAAGGAUGCUCUCUGACUUCAUCUCCAAGAGCACAACAAUAUCCUAUCCUGCCUGUAUCACUCAAAUGUUUUUCUUCAUUUAUUUUGCCAGCGCAGAGCUUUUCUUGCUGGCAGCCAUGUCCUAUGACAGAUAUGUUGCUGUCUGUCACCCUCUGCAUUAUACUCAAAUCAUGUCCUGGAAGGUUUGUGCUCAGAUGAUAUCAGUCGUUUGGAUUCUUGGGCUCCUUUAUUCAUUGGUGCACACUCUCUUUUCACUGAGACUGACAUUCUGUAGGUCAAAAAUCAUUCAUAAUUUCUUUUGUGACCUGCCCCACUUGUUCCAGCUCUCUUGCACUGACACAUUCAUUAAUUUUGUUGUUAUAUUUGUUGUUGGAGGAAUUUUAGGACUUUUAGCCUUUGCAAUUACUUUUCUUCCAUAUGUCCAUAUUAUCAGCGCCGUCCUCAAAAUCAAAAGCAAUGAUGGAAAACGUAAAGCUUUCUCCACCUGUACAUCGCACAUCACAGUGGUUUCUAUUUUCUAUGCAUCCAUCAUUUUCAUUUAUUUUGUUCCGACCACAAGUUACCUAUUUCUUUUAAACAGGAUAGUGUCUGUAAUCUACUCUGUAAUUAACCCUUUGCUAAACCCCUUAAUCUAUAGUCUAAGGAACAAAGAUCUUAUGUCUGCAUGUAGAAGAACUUUACCUGAAACGUUUGCUCUAAAGUGUAAACUGGAUGAUUCUGCCUAA